CAUACCAAUCGAUUCCGCGUAAUUUGCUCGAUAAUAUGCAAUCGUUGCGAUGAGCCAAACAUUAAUAAUAACAAUAAAAACAAUCAAAAACUAAUUUUACGCCUUCCAGUCGGAAGGGAAGAAAACUCGAGAGGGCGUGCGCAUGCCACAAUCAAUGCAUCGUCUGCAUUAUGUCACUAGAUUUUGAUAUGUAUGACUAGUUCCAGAUGCACUUGUUGCAUUUGACGACCGUUUGUAGGUUAUAAAAAAACAAACAAAUAAAAAAAGUUGGAAAUUCACUCGUAUAUUCAAACGUUUCAAUUAAUAUUGAAGUAUUCAUGCUCUUAAAAAACAUAACCUAGUGCUCAUAAUCCUCUAUGGAUAAAAAUUCAACCUUUCAAGUGUUUUAUGAAACUGUAUUUAACAAAUUCAAAUAUUGGAUCUAAUUGCUGCUGAUACUAGUCACACCUGAUAUUAAUUGAUUAAUCAUUUUAGAUUUAUAUGAAAUUUUUCAAGAUAAAUGAGAAGCAAAAAGGAACAGAAUAAUCUAGUUCCCGGACUUCUCUCUUGUUUCAGCAACAUUAAUGCUACUAAAUGUUUGUAUUUUUGUCUGGAAUUUAUCUCUGUGUUUUUUUUUUCGUACAUUGCUUGUAACUUGCACAAAGAGUCACACACCAUGAAUAAACUAUGCCAUCAAAACCAGUUUGGGACCCAGGGGAAUGCACAAAAUGAUCCAGGCUGAUAACAGUGAGGUCACCAUCACAAAUGACGGAGCAUCUAUCCUGAAGGAGAUGAAUGUUAUGUAUCCACCCAGCUGCAAAAAUGUCUUUCAGUUGGUAGAGUUGUCCAGAGUACAGGAUAUCAAAGCUAGCGAUGGAACCACAAGUGUUAUCGUGAUUGCUGGAACACUUUUGGAAGCUGUGAAACGUCUGCUCCAGACAGAUAUUGAUCCUACUUUUAUCUGCGAUGCUUUCCAGAAGGCCUCUGCAAAAACUGUUGAAUAUUACAGGACAUCAAGGUUCACUGGUGUUUACCUCAUCAUGCCAUAUUCUGUUCUUAGCAUAGACUGUAUCACACACGUUUUUAUCACAAUUUAUUGUAACAUUCUCAGUGAACUGUUUAUUGACAUCAGAAUUUAUAGUCGAACCAUUAUGUACACUAAUAUUACGUGUAGUUUCAUUUUCAACCUUAGCCUUAUCAUCACAAUUUAUAGUCGUUCUAUCAUGUCCAUUAACAUUAUGUGUAGAUUUAUUUUCAAUUUUAUCCUUGUCAUCGCAAUUUUUUUCACCUCUACCCUUCCAUUCUUCCUUAAAAUCUAAAUAAGAAUGAAGUAUAAAAUUUGUAUGUACUGGUUUUUUUAUUUUCUUUUCCAUUUCUAUAAAAUUACGACCAUUUUUCAUUUAAUGUUUUAAAAAUUCAGAAUGCUUUAUUAUGAAUUCUUCUAUAGGUAACAUAGCUUCAUUAAUUUCAAAAAAAUUUGUCAUAUCAGACAAAUAUUUUCUUUUUAAUUCAGUUGCCUUGAAUCUUAAAUCAUGAGGAGAAAUAAUGUUUGUCCAUACAGGAAAACUUGUUAAGAAAUCCAUAAAUAUUUUUAGAAAUUUGACAUUGCAAUAUGGAUUUGGUUUGUCAAAUAAAUUUUGUGCUUUUGUACACUGAGUUAAAGUUUCUUCAUGAAUCUUUUUAAAAUAACAGUAAAUAAUAUUGUUUUCAUCAUGUCCACUCAAAUUAAGAAAAGCUCUUUCAUUUCCAAAAUAAUCUUCAUUCAUGAAUUGCUUUGUAUCAAAAUUACACUUACAUUUACAUUCUUCAAUUUCUUGAGUUUUUAUUUUUUCUAAUAAACUGAGUCGUAUUUGUUUAAUGGUUUGAUUUGUAUUUUCAUUUUGUAAUAAAAUAAAAAGGUUUUUCACUUCUUUUAUGAAUAUAUCAAAGUCUGUUAAGCUACUUAUAAGCAAUAUACUACGUAAAUAAAAUUUUUUGACUACGUAAAUAAAAUCUUGAUCAAAAUAAUCGUCAAGUAGCAGUUGCAGAUGCUUAAUAACAAAGAUUAAAUCUACUUUAAUUAUGCACUUAGGAAGACUGUGACAUUUAUUUGUCAGAAAUUUAAAACAAUUUUUAUUGUAACUAUCUAAUCUACUAUGAUUUAAUGCUGAUAAAACGCCAUCUAUCAAUGCAUUGCAAGGAUCUAUUAUUAAUUGUCGAGGAGAGGGUACAUUUUCUCUCAACCAUUCACAAAUAAAAUAAUUUAUAAAAUUCGCAUCUUUCCUCACCAUUACACCUUGCCAAAAACAAAUACUUUUUUGAUUCACUUCACUAAUCAAAGCACAAAAAAUACUAUCACUAUAGUCAAUAUCAGAAAUUAAAGCCUUUUCAAUAAAGAGAUCCGAUGUGACAAAUAUCACAGGUCCAUUAAUGUAGCGUACAAAGUCUUUCCAAAUAUCUAUUUGUUCAGGCCACUUGUAAAUGAUAUGGAAAGGACCCCCCCCAGUUCAGCCCCCAAAUAUGUAUAUACAUAAAUAAAAAAAAUACUAUUGGAUAGAUCUGAAUUUGCUCAGUCCACCCACGUUGUUAUUUUAAUUUGCCCCGCAUUGGUCUUUAUAGGAAAAAUCAAAAUAAAAAAUUGAAAUAUUUACAACUUUGGAAUACUUGUAUCUCACUAAACGAGUAUAAUAACAGAAUUUUAAAUAUGGCAAAAAAUUGCUCAGGGGCUAUUUCAAUUUGCCCUGCAGCCAAAUAUCAAAAAUAUUCAAUUAUUAUUAGAGAAUUCCGACAUUUCAACACGUCACUGAGACACUGAAGCAUAAUCGAAUAGCUAUAGUAAGGGCGAGCAAGAGAAAAUCAAAGACAUUCCAAAUUUUGAUAUAAGUUUGAAGAAGUCGAACAAGGAGGAGGAGACGCGACAGGAUCAUAUCAAAUGGUUUGGUGUUCUAGUACCACAGAGUUUGAAAACCGCGCAGAAACAUUUUCAGGACGCUCUUUACCUCGCUGUAAAAAUUGCCAAUGUACAAGCUCAGUUGACAAAAAUCACAAGUCAGUCUGAGUCUUUAAAAUUGCUAAAAAAAGUCUCUAUAUGAUUAAGAUAUUUUUUAAUGAAGUUUUUGUAAUAUAUCAGAGAUGCGUAUUUUUCUAUAAGGUCUAAUUAAUUUUAAAAAGUACAGUGGCUUGUUUGUAAUUACUUAAUAAAUAGAGAAAAAGUUCAGUUUUAUAUAAAUUUUAUUGUUCGUUUGUGAUCUCCAUACUUCAACUAACUAUCCCUUUUUUACAACUAUUAACUUGAGAAUCAAAUAUAUUUGUACAUACAUUAUUAACCAUCAUUCCAUAUAAUAGUGAAAAAAUAAGUUUUGUACCGAGUGUAUUAACCAUAGAUAAAACAAAAGUAGUAAAAAAAUAAUCCUUGUCAAAUGCACAUCCUUUAAGAAUUAAAAAACCUAUAGACACAAUAAGUGCAUAAAUGAUCAACCAAGUUUUAAUUGUAAAAGAGUAUGAAAAAAUCAUUAAACCAUCACAAUUUAAUAUAGGCACCAUUGUUUUGAUAAAUUAGUAUUCGUGAAUUUCAACAAGAACAUUUAGUACAGCUAGUACUAUACAUAGUUUGAUCGCUCAUUAUAUAUAUUAUAAUAUAAAAUAAAUUAAAUUGCCUAUUUUUUUUACCAAAUGAA